AUGUCCACGUCAUCAGAUAAUCAAAGUAAAAUGGUCACAGAUAACGAUGACAACAAUAGCUACUUAUCUACAAAUAGCAGUCAGGGGGAAUUUGCCAUUCACAACUUGGCUGACGUCACAUCAAUACGUACUGAUCCAGAGAAGAGUUUGAGACUAACGCGAACAGAAACGAAAAGAGAUUUGCAAUCGCUAGGAGUCACUAGUGAAAAGCCACCUCCAUCAAUUACAGCUCCUCCAAUCGAAGAUCCCAUUUUUCCAGAGGAGUAUGGUUUAGAAACCACUACAGGGUUAGUUAAAGUGAAAACUUUGGAAAGUCUAGGAAGAACCAAGUCUCACAAGAGUGAACUCAAGGAAGACACAGAGUUUGUCACAUUUACCAUUGGCGAUCCUGAAAAUCCUCAUAAUUGGCCAAUGACCACAAAGUGGCUUUACACAUUUUUGCUUUCAAUGUUGGUGAUUAGUGCUGCUUAUGGAUCUUCUUGUCUAUCGGGAGGAUUAUUCACAAUAAAUGACAAAUUCGGUGUAUCAACAGAAGUGUCAACAUUGACGGUGUCUUUGAUGGUGUUGGGUUUCUGUGUCGGUCCUUUACUCUGGGCACCAUUGUCUGAACAAAUUGGAAGAAGACCGGUGUAUUUCAUCAGUUUCGGAAUCUACACCAUUUUAAACAUUCCAUGUGCAUUGUCACCAAAUAUUGGUGGUUUGUUAGCUUCGCGUUUUCUUUGUGGCGUGUGUGCUGCUAGUGCAUUGACCAAUGUUGGUGCUAGUUUGGUAGACAUGCACAACGAGACUCGUGGUGUGGCAAUUGCAUUUUUCAGCUUUUGUCCAUACAGUGGUCCAGUCUUUGGCGGUCUCGUGAAUGGUUUCAUUAGUGUGGGUACCAAUAGAUUUGACAUUAUGGUUUGGGUUAAUAUGGCUUUUGCUGGGGUAAUGUGGAUCAUUGUUUCACUCAUUCCAGAGACCUACCCUCCUGUGAUUUUAAAGAAAAGGGCCAAAAGAUUGAGAAAGGAAACUGGGAACAUGAACAUUAUGACAGAACAAGAAGCAACACCAUUGUCGUUUACGGAAUUGGUCAACACCAAUCUACUCCUUCCUUUGAAAUUCACCGUCACUGAACCCAUUUUGGAUCUAGUUUGUGGGUUUGUUGCCUUAAUUUACGCUUUGUUAUAUGCAUUCUUUUUCGCUUACCCAUACAUAUUCAGCGAAUUAUACGGAUAUAAGGACAACAAGAUCGGUCUCAUGUUUGUUCCUAUCUUGAUUGGAGCUGCAUUCGCGUUAACAACCACGCCAUACAUAGAAAAGAAGUAUAAGGAAAUGUCCAAGAGGAGGAAACCCGAGCCUGAAGAUAGACUUAUUGGUGCCAUGAUUGGUGCUCCCUUCCCGUGCAUUGCUUUAUUCAUAUUAGGUGCUACCUCAUACAAGCACAUUAUCUGGGUUGGUCCCGCUUCCUCUGGUAUUGCAUUUGGUUACGGAAUGGUGUUGAUUUAUUACUCAUUGAACAACUACAUUAUCGACACUUAUGCCAAAUAUGCGGCAUCUGCCUUGGCGACCAAAGUUUUUCUUAGAUCAGCUGGUGGUGCUGCCUUCCCAUUGUUCAUUACAUACAUGUACGAAGGGUUGGGUUUACAAUGGGCCAGUUGGUUGCUUGCAUUUGUUUGUUUGGCCAUGAUUUUGGUGCCUUUUGGUUUCUACAAGUACGGGGGAGCAUUGAGACAAAAAUGGUGCAAGGAAGACUACACUAUGCAUUUAGAAUAG